AUACGUGCCCGGCCCUCCACCGGGUUCAAUCCCGGGUCGCACGCAUGAUGGAGGAAACCACCACCGGGCGCUCAAAAAUCCAACCCUGGAACUUCAGGAGCCUCCGUUACCAGGAGGCCGAGGGUCCCCGAGGACUUUGCAACCGACUCCAUGACUUUUGUAGGCGAUGGCUGAGACCAGAAAAGCACACGAAAGCUCAGAUGCUGGACCUGGUGGUUCUGGAGCAGCUCCUGGUCCUUCUGCCCCCCGAGAUGGAGAGCCGGGUGCGGGAGUGUGGAGCAGAGACCAGCUCCCAGGCGGUGGCUUUGCUGGAAGGCUUCCUCCUGAGCCAGGCGGAGGAGCCGCCGAAGGAGCAGGUCCAGCCACAGGUGAGGCACUUUAGUCUAGGGAGCUCAGACAUGUGUUGGCAUGCUUCACCUCUCCUUCCCAAACUUCUCUGGCCUUCAUAAGGGGAGAUCUCCCACGAAUUCUUGUGGGACAUUGUUCCAUUGUUUUUUUCACUCAACCUCAGUGAUGGAUAUUGGGGGCUUUGAGGUUGUGUUCCGAAUAUAAUACUCCACUUUAUUAAUAGAAUAGAAUAGAAAUAGAAUAGGAAAAUAAAAUAAAUAGAAUAGAAUAAAAAUAAAAUGGGAAUAGGAA